UAUACACAGGACAAAUUCCUACAAAGAAAUUGAUCAGACAACCAAGGGAAGAGAGAGAGAGAGAGAGAAGGAGUGAUUCCAUUCUGCGCUGUGAGAUCCUGCAGAGAAAGACAGGAGACCUGUGGAAGAACAAAACGAGAAAGUGGAAGAAGUGUUAGGUUGAAUAUGGUGUGUGCGCCCUGGCUGUUAGCGGUGGUGGUGGUGUGUGUGUGCAACCCCGGGGUGGGGGGGCAGUGCUGGGAUAGCUCCCACUGCAAAGACCUCCCUUCAGAGGACAAGAUACUGGAGUGCAUCCACCUGUUCAGGUCUAGGCUCCAGGACGAAUCCCCAGAGCCCAGAUCGGCUGCCCAGCAGUCCACUGAGGAGAGCCUCUCCCUGGGCAUCGUGUUGGCAGCCCUGACCUCUGGAGAGAGAGCCCUGGAUGCUGACCCUGAGCCCCACAGCGACAAGAGACACUCCUAUUCCAUGGAGCACUUCCGCUGGGGCAAACCCAUUGGGCACAAACGCCGCCCCAUCAAAGUCUAUGCCUCCAGUCUGGAAGGGGGGGACUCCUCCGAGGGCACCUUUCCCCUGCAGGCACGCAGGCAGCUGGGCAGCUGGGAGGACGAGAUGGUGGGAGCUCUGGGGAACCAGGGGGCCAAGGCUCAGACCAAGGUAGUCCCCAGAACCCUCACUGUGACGGGGCUGCAAGAUAAGAAGGAUGGGUCCUAUCGGAUGGGUCACUUCCGCUGGGGCAGCCCAACCGCUAUCAAGCGCUACGGUGGCUUCAUGAAGCCAUAUACCCAGCAAUCCCACAAGCCCCUGAUCACGCUGCUCAAGCACGUCACCCUUAAGAACGAGCAGUAGAGGAGGGCAGCAGGAACAAGGGAUAGAGGGAAGGGAGGGGAGGGAUGGGAUGAGUGUAGUAAAGAGGAAAAGAUGAAAGAUGAACGGAAUGUUUUGAAGACCAGUGGCAACUGUUGAAAACUAAGGGUCAUAUUUAAUCUGUAGCCAAGUUUCUAGAGUAACACAAAAAAACAAAUUAAGGCUCCGCAAUAUAAAACAAUGAAACAACAAAUAAGUUUAAAAAAAUAUAUAUUAUAUACAUUUCAGACAAGAUAUGGUAUGUUACCUGUACAAAAGAUAAGGCAAUGGUCCCAUUCAAACAGCCCCUUAUUUACCACUUAUUUGCACUUUUAAACAUAUCAGUGGGUAACUGGCAAAUUGGGAGGGUAGGGUGUGCCGUUAAACAAUCGAAGUGUUAAUUAAUUUACCUACAAAGAAGCGGAGAACCAUACUGUACACAGACCUGAUACCUGUAUUUUGGUUAGAAGGGUCUGUGAAAAUACAGGAAUCAUGUCUUUAGGUGGGUUUUAAUUACCAUGUUUUUUUUAACCCUUACCCCUUUCAGAAUGACAAAAAAAGCUUGUACUGUAUAAAAAGCUGGCAUGGUAAAAUAGUGUGAUUUUUGUCUGUAUAUGAAAGGGAUAUUAGCAUUGCCCUAGAUACCCCAUAACGGUUUUGAUUGAAUAGGGCCAUUGAUAGCUGUAGAAUUAAUUUAUGGCCUUGGCUUGAAUGCUGUAUGAGAAAGUAUAAAUUGAAGGAAGUACUUAGAAAGUCUUCGGUAACAGUGACCAUACUGAAUACUGUGUAUAGAUGACAGACUGGGGUAGGGAGUGGGUAUGAGAGAAGAUCAUUUCAAAUGGAAUACUAUUUUUCCUCAUUAUUUUUAUUGAGAUAAAUUGUACCAUAUUGUAAAUGUAUGUAUUAAACAGAUACUGCUUUGUGGCAAGCAACACAAAUGACUUUUUUGUACUGUACAUUACGUUUAUUUGAGGUCUACCAAACAAGCAACCAAGAUAAAAUCAAUGGUGCUGUCAAUAUACAGGUAUAAGCAGUGCCGAUUUUAGCAUGUACAUUUUGGUGGGGCAAAAAUAAACAAGUGGGGUGGCAUGCCAGCAAGGCCACAACACAAUACUAAACAAUACAGUAAUUGCACUAUAACAGUGAAAACGGUGCCCACAAACUGUUCGGGCCUACAUAAAGUUGUCCCAACAGCAGUCCCAACAUCUUACCACUGCUACACGUGCCUUGUCUGGCAGCAAAACAGUUAAUUCAGCCUCAUUGACUGCCUUUAAAAAAAUAUAGCUGAUGUGGCUGACUUGCUUAAACAAAUGUGGUUUCUACGAACAAUUGAGAUGUACAAACUAUGGCAUAAGGGGGCGACAAGCGGAUAAGAGGCAAUGCGUAAUUUCAAUUAAGACUUUAAUAAGUGAGCUAGGAUGUACGUAGUCAAUAUAACUAUUUGUUUAGCACGAUUGAAAUGUACAGCGACAGAAUUCAGAACAUGGGCUGUUCUUACAGUGUUCUCCCUGUACACCAAGUAAGAACCAUAGGAUAAAUAAAGGGGGAUAAGCAAACAAUGAAAGCUCUUACAAUAUUACAUCACUUAUGCAGGAGCAGACAAUACAUUUUUGGACUCACCUUGUUGUGCUGUGCUCACUUGAACAGGAAGGUGGCGUGGCGGUCCAUCAAAGUCUGGCAUUCUCAGAAUUUAUUGUGCUUUUAAAACAACUGGGAACUAGGAAAAAAAUAAGGUUGAAUCAUGAUGACGUCAUUGAUCUUCAGGUUGUAGCUUUAGAAAGAGGCCGGAUUUACAAUUCCGAGUUGGAUGACCGUUCAAAACAUAUUUUCCCAGUCAGAGCUUGUUUAUUCCCGACUUCCCAGUUGUCUUGAACUCACUGAAGUCAAGUUUUCGCAGUUCCGAGUUAACAGUUGUUUUGAGCGCGGCAUAAAUCAUGCUUUAUUGACUUGGAAAAGAGCCCCUUAAGCCCAGAUUUGGGACCACACAGCCAUUCCACUGAAUAACAGGCUUGUUAUUGCUUUACAAUGCUUGCAGUUAGCCACUGUCACUGAUUCCUUCCAAACAAUUAAUUGUUGAAUUUUAAUGUUUAUGUCCAAUGACUGAAUACGUUUUAUCUAUCAUUUCUCUUCAUUAUCUCUGUCACGUCUGCUCUCACUCUUCCCUCCCCUGGCGCUUGAGGGCACCAGGCUGCCCUCAUUCACGCACUCCUGUCGUCAAUUACGCACACCUGCGUUCCAUCAUCACGUGCUUCAGCGAUAUUGGACUCACCUGGACUCACUUAUCCUCUGUUUAUUACCUCCCCUAUAUUUGUCAGUUUGCCUGCUCUGUUACCUGCUGAUGCAUUGAUUAUUUUGUGUCUUUGUUUUCUUGUAUGCUAACGCUGUUCCUGUGUCGUUCCAUGUCCGUUCCUUAUUAAAUGUUUGACUCCCGUA